UUGGGCUCCUCAGCGGCGCAGCGAGCGCAUUUGAACACACUGCGCCAAAGAGUGAGGGGGCGAGUCCGGGCAGAAACACGGCGAAAACACGGCGAAACCGGGGAAAACACGGAGCGCGGACUUAGGACACAACUUUAAAGAGACGGGAGAGAGCGAUGGCAGCUAUCCGUAAGAAGCUGGUGAUCGUGGGGGACGGAGCGUGUGGGAAGACAUGUCUCCUCAUCGUCUUCAGUAAGGAUCAGUUUCCUGAGGUCUACGUGCCCACCGUGUUCGAGAACUACAUCGCUGACAUUGAAGUGGACGGGAAACAGGUUGAGUUGGCAUUAUGGGAUACAGCAGGACAGGAAGACUAUGACCGGUUGAGGCCGUUGUCCUACCCCGACACAGACGUCAUCCUAAUGUGUUUUUCCAUAGACAGCCCGGACAGUUUAGAGAACAUUCCAGAGAAGUGGACACCAGAGGUGAAGCAUUUCUGCCCUAAUGUUCCAAUCAUCCUGGUGGGGAAUAAGAAAGACCUGCGUAACGACGAACACACUCGCAGAGAGCUCGCCAAGAUGAAACAGGAGCCCGUGAAACCAGAGGAAGGCAGAGACAUGGCCAAUAGGAUCAGUGCUUUCGGAUAUCUGGAGUGCUCCGCUAAAACUAAAGAGGGGGUGCGGGAGGUGUUCGAGAUGGCCACCAGGGCGGCGCUGCAGGUCCGCAAGCGCAAGAAGAGAAGCGGCUGCCUGCUGUUAUGAGCCAGCGCUACGUCCACACACACGCUCCUCCUGCCGACAGUCCACACACACACACACACACACACACACACACGCACGCACACACAGUGCUCCGGGAAAAGAAACAACAAAAAUAAUACAACAAACCUUUACCAAACCGACGUCAUCGCUGUACUGUAUUACGCAUUUCACGCAAGCAAAAUGUGCGCGAGAGAGACUGACCAACCUGUUUAUAGAGAAACCAACCAACCAACCAACCAACCCACCUGUGCUCUUAACGUUUCUGUCUGCACACAGACCUGUCCUGCCAUCUCUACCACGUUUUCCUUUCCUUUUCCUUUCCUUUCCUUUCAUUUAUUCUGCCAGCGUCAGCGUCUCUUCAUCUGUGUGGGAGGAAGAUCUGAUCGAUUUGAUUUUGUAUGUAUUUGUACAUAAAUCUUAAGUCUCCUCUCUCUCUCUUUCUCCUUUUCGCUCUUUCUCUUUCUCAAGUCCAUGUUAUAUUCAGGCAUUUGCUUCCUUAUGUAUUGUUUACUUAUUUGGGCUGAAGCCUGUCGGGCAAACUCUGUUACGUUUGGAAAUUGAUCAAGAAUACAUUUAUUAUUCAUUCAAA